CGCUGGUAGCAGCGUGAGGCGGAAGCUGGCGUUGCCAGGGUGACGGUUGCUAUAGCCACAGACACGGACGGGGCAGCGAUGGACGCGGAGACUCUCUCUCUCUCGCUGGAGUUGGUGUCGGGCUCGGGCCCGGGGCUGAGUGCGGAACAAUGUGCGGCCCUGAGAGCCUCCCUCCCCCUCCUGCACCGGGACCUGCGCCUCCGCCGCCUCCGCCUCUGGGGAGUAGUCCUGGGGCUCCGGGGGGACUAUGUGAUAGCCCGGGGCUGGGGGGGGCCCGACCUACUGCGGGGGCAACUCUCCUUCUACAGCUUGAACUGUGUGGAUUGGUGCCUGCUGCCGCCUGCAACGGAUGCCCACAUUGCCCAGACGCAAGGGAUUAAAGGGCGCUUUGUAGGGGACCCGGCGCAUGAAUACGAGUACAUUGUGCGCAAUACGGCUGGGGGAGGAGACUCGGCACUGGAGGAGGAGCUAACGACCCACAUUAAGGAAGAGGUGCGGCUGACGGGCACCAUCGCUAUGAUCGAUAGGGAGGCAGCCGUGGCACCGCGGGGAGCCUACAUCCGGAACCCCCUGGGGCAAGUCAUUGUCAACCACAGCUUCCGAGGCCUUGAGGUGAGUGAAGGGAAGAAGCUGAGCUCCUACUUUCACUUUACCCCCUCGCUGAACCCCAAGAAGAAGUCCCUGCUGGAAAAGGCCGCGCUGGACCCCUCCAUAGACUUCCUGGACUCACUAGAACAUGAUAUUCCCAGAGGUUCGUGGAGCCUCCAGUUGGAGCAGGGGGACAGUGUUCUGAUCCUGCGCAGCCUCCUAUGGCUGGGAAUGACUUUCUAUCAUGUGCCCCUCACCCCACUGCAUGGGCACCUUUACAUUGGCACUGGGGAGCGCAACCUCGACCUUCCAUUCAUGAUCUGAUCCGGGGGGUAAUAAGGAGGGGCUACAUUCCUGUACUCUCAGUGUGGCCCUAAUGUAGCCUGGGAGCCCGCUGUCCUCACCCCCUGCUGCUGUCUGCCUGGGGCUGAUGGGUAAUAUUUAUAGAUGCUCAUUGGCAGGGUCCAUAACUAGUCCUGCUGCCUCCGGCACUAAGGAGCCCCUGGGGCCCAGUGAGUAAGGGCCGCAUUGUGUGUCCCAGCCCAGGGCCACUAUCAGGUGACUCUCCUAGUGGGGGGCAACACUAAUGCUGUUGUACAGAGCUGUGCCCCAAUUCCCAAUAAAGAGCAAUUUGCACUGA